GUCCUCCUCGGCUCGUGCAGGCUAGCGAGUUAGCUAGUGCUAUGUAAAACUGUACACGGCUGUCCUCGAUAGUCUGUCAAAACACUGCUCAGUCCUGAGUGGCGUAGGGUUUGACGUACUAUUUAGUAUGCGGUUUCAUACAGCUGUGGUUCGGACUAGAAGCUUUCGUGGGACUUGAACCGGAAACCAAACUUUUUUUCCCCCUCAAACUUGUUUCGUUGCUGAGUCGAAAAGAGGAAAAAAAAGCGAUGAGCAGAAGCAGCGCGGCACCGUUACCAUGCCCAGUUCCUUCUUUUCCAGCUUCGCAUCAUGUCGGCUGUGAGAAAGUUCUCAGCAAAAAGAAGUGAAAUAUCCGCCGCUGGCCUGAGAUAAAGUGGCCGUCGAGUGUUUUUCUUUCUUUUUUCCUUUUUUUUCUCUCCUUCACAUAACGGACUGUGAGUGAUUUAUCAUGGGAGAUGAUGUUAAAGAUGAGCCAGCCAAGCCCAAAGAAACAACGUUCACAGGCAAAGCAGGCUGGUUGAAGAAAUCCUCGGGGAAGUUCCUGAGCAGCUACAAGGACCGCUACGUCCAGCUGGACAAAACUGAGUUCGCAGUGUAUGAGAAUGAGGACUUAAAGAACUGCAUGGAACGUCUGGACUUGGAAAACUAUGACAAAUGCCACGAGUUACGCAGCCCUUUCAAGAAGAAAUACAGGCUGAUACUGAUACGAGCACCCAAGAGUGCUAGUAAGGUCUGUGAUGUCAAACUGCAGGCUCAAAAUCAGGAAGAAAAAGAAGCUUGGAUCAAGGCACUCAGUGAUGGCAUUAACAGGGCAAAGAAUAAAAUCUUUGAUGAGGUGAAAGUAGAUGAAAGUUUAUCUUUAGAUCAUGUCACACGUACUCGUCCAAAAGGAAACCGUAGUAGAAGACCACCAACCAGGAUACACAUGAAGGAGGCUGCAAGCAUUUCAGAUGGAAUCUUGAGACUGGACCUUGACACUGCUGACAAUAUGCCCAAUGGUGCCCACUUCUUAGUGGAUGAUGCUGAUGGAAAAGCCAAAGUGGAUCUGGCUAAAUCUUUUGAAGAUAUUCCAGAGGAAGCUGCAGAUGAAGAUACGGCGCCUCAGAAGAAAGUCCUGAAGCCUCCAAUGCCUCCAUCAAAGGAGAACAAACCCAGUGAAAGCCAGGACAGUGAGGACAAACAUGAAGAACUUGCCCCACAGAAGAAGAUUCUCAUGCCACCGAUGCCACCAUCAAAGGAGCAGAAACCAUCUGAAAAUACAGAGGAGGAAAAGGGAAGUGAGGAGGAGACAGUUGUGAAGCCACCGAUGCCUCCUUCAAAGGAGAAUAAACCCAGUGAAAGCCAGGACAGUGAGGACAAACAUGAAGAACUUGCCCCACAGAAGAAGAUUCUCAUGCCACCGAUGCCACCAUCAAAGGAGCAGAAACCAUCUGAAAAUACAGAGGAGGAAAAGGGAAGUGAGGAGGAGACAGUUGUGAAGCCACCGAUGCCUCCUUCAAAGGAGAAUAAACCCAGUGAAAGCCAGGACAGUGAGGACAAACAUGAAGAACUUGCCCCACAGAAGAAGAUUCUCAUGCCACCGAUGCCACCAUCAAAGGAGCAGAAACCAUCUGAAAAUACAGAGGAGGAAAAGGGAAGCAAGAAGGAGACAGUUGUGAAGCCACCGAUGCCUCCUUCAAAGGAGAAUAAACCCAUAUUAAGUCCCAGUGGGGAUGCCAGUGAAGAUACUGCCUCAGAGAAUAGUGAGUCCGAAGCAGCAACCACACCUGGCAAAUCCAGUCCAGUUCAAGGUGAGACAGAUGGUCCUGAAACCGUCCAUCCUCCCAGUCCACCAUCCAAAGACAUGAAACCCAAGCAGGCACUCGACUUAAGUGAUGAAGAAUUUCUUUCAGAAGUUGAUGAAGGUUUUCCCAGUAAAGAAAAUGAGGAAGCUGAGGCAGAAUCAGGUAAGACAGAAGACAAACCAUUCACACUCUCAAAUAAGGUCCCAAAGCCCCAAGGAGUGAUGUGGGAUACAUCUUCUUCAGCAGUGGAGAAAAAUUCUGUGGACCAAACUGCUAACGUAUCUGCUGAAAGUGUAGCAAAUAUGAUAACUCAUGAACCUGCAAAACCUGCCAGUGAACUUAAAUUAACUCCAUAUUCAACUCCAGAGGCUGUUAAAAAGAGCGUGCCCCCCCCUGCUCCACCAAAAAAGAAACCUCUUAAACCACCUGUCAAAAUGGAGAACCAAGUUGUCCAGGAUGACUGUGUGGUCUCAACUAAUGCUUCAUUUCCUGAGACUGUUUCAUCCUCAGUUGAAAAAGGCUCUGAAAUCACACCAUCAGAUGAAACAAAACUUACCACUGAAGAACCAAAAGAAGAGAUUGUUAUCCUGAGUCUCAGUAAUUCAGGAGCAAGUGAGGACCUGGAUGAUGUAUCUGGAGUGGAAGUAAAGUCUAUAGACAGCGGCCAACUCUCUGCUGAAGACUCUGAAAGUAGUGAGCAAGUUACACCAUCCACAGAUAAGCUGCAAAGUAGUCUGGAAGUCUUAGAUGAUGUGACCAGCGAAGAGGAACUGGAGACACCGGACAGCAGCGUCCAGAAAAUGGAGGAUCCACUUUCAGCCAUCCUAACUGUUCAGCUUGAAACCACCAUGGAUGACUCCAGCCCAGUUACUGGAGAAAAUACGCAUACCCUUCAGAUCUCCAGUCCUGCCUCAUCACUGAACUCCUCCUUGAAGAAACGGUCUGCAUCCACGGGAGACCUUCUUGAGGAGGUGAAGGGCUUGCAACGUAAAGUGUCGAUAGAGCUUGAGGAGACAGGAGAGCUGCUGGGUAAAAUAGCACCCAGAGGGUCCCCUGAAGCUGGACAAGACAGUGAGGCGGUAACAGACCCAGAGAUCCUUCUUGCUACAGCCAUGGAGAAACUCAGGAAAGCUGACCAGUUCUUGAGAGAAGCCAAGAAUUUUAAAGAGCAGGAGAACAAGAGCAAUAGAACAAGCUGGUAAUUGCAGAAGAUGAAGAUGUUGGGGUAAUAUUGUGUUAAUGGAAUCACAGAACCUACAAAUGAUCAAGUGCAAUUAUACCCCCAUUACUUUUUUAUACUGGACCACUGCAUAGUUAAUGGGUCCAUCUAAAACUGUUUCGUAACCAGGUACCUUGGAUUAAACUAGGGAUCCAAUACUGAGUAUUGAUAUCAAACCAGCAUUGCCCAGAAAUGCUGGCUCAAUGAAUCCCUGAAUUAAAGUUUUAAACUUGAUUUUUGAUCCCAGUUGACGUACUUGAUGAGCGAGAUUGUGGAAACGUAAGCACGAAUGCUUCUCAGCGGAUGUCAACAUGUGUUCUUGCUUUCAGAAUUGUGUUCUCUGAGGUUUUCUACACUGGGUUAACAUGACGCUUAUCCUCAUGUCAGUUUGACAGUUUUGAGUUCAAGGCUUCCAGCACUGGUAUCCAACUAGCACUUAAAAUGACGAUUAUGGUAAUUUAACAGAAUGGUUUUGCACUCAAGUUUCCCUGCUGUGUUAUAUGGGCUGUACGACAGUACAGCGGUUAUCCACCUUAGAGCAUAUUGUUUUAGUGUUCUACACACAAGCACACAAACAGGGCCACAUGAUGAUGAAACUAGCGUCAGGUUACUUAGUGUAACGCUAAAAAUAAUGCAGUGGCCUUGUUCAUGUUUUCUGAUAAUGUACAUGGGAAAUGCCAACUUCCUGUCUGAUAUCCAUCAUUUGGAUGUCCAUUUCACGGUUGACACAAAAAGCAUCAUGAAAAGACCUAUUUUCAUACUGACAGUGAGAAUGCAGUUUGAAUUCCUCUGCUUAUCUCUAUUUGAUUAGAAUAUUCACGUUAUGCUAACAGCUAUUACGCUAACCUUCCAUUGUCUUUUAAAGUGUUUUUUGUUUUUUUGUAAGCGUCAGGGCAUACUGUACCUUUGUUAUUGUCCGUGUUUUUAUAUGUAGAAAAUGCAGUAUAUGGUCCAGCUACUCAGUAAUAAUAGCGCUAACCCCCUUUUUUUGUAUGAAUUUCUGGUUAGGUUUUUAAUACGUUUUUAUUUCAAACAUAAAAAUAUUAGACGUGAAUAGAUCAUGUCGUACAGGUCAUUGCCUUGCACUUGUAGAUGUAGCCGACUUACCAGAACAUUCCUGAAACAUGAUUCAGAGACCCUAAAGUAUUUCUCUGUGAGCAUCCGCAUAGCAUUUAUAGUUACUUUGUAUAGCAAUAUAUUAGCUCAUUGUUGUUGUUUUUUUUUUUUUUCUUCAUAAAGGAUCUCCUUUUGUAAAUAACACGUCUACCAAUGAACUGCUUAAUAUUUAAGUUAUUAAUAUUCUGGCAUCCUGGUUCCUGUCCUUUGAAGCAAAAAAACAAAACAAACAAAACCUAAUAUCAAAUUUACUCAGAGAUACCAAUGUACUGAACCGAUAAAUUAUGUUUACCAUUAAAAAUAUAAAAAGAUCUAUGAUUAUAUAUAUUGUAAUAUAUUAUUUGUCACUGACUGCAUUUACUAACUGGACUAAUAAGGUUUUUUUUUUUGAUGUCUUAUGUUUAAUGUGCAAAAAAA